UUGCAGCAACCAUAUGGAGCACAGCAAUAAGGAAAGGAGACAUUUUGACCAGAGAGAUGAGAGCACUCCUUCCUCUCUGCUCAAAGAUAAGAUGGGAUAAUCACUGUCCCUGCAGAGCAGAGCCUGCAACUACUGGACCAGAGCAGCUGCUUUUUCCCAGUGCUUACGGCAGCGCAGCACCCUCAUAGGUGUCAGGAAAAGCAGAAAGAUGGCUCUCUCUUGGCCCACCAAAAGCAGAAGAGGCAGAGAAGAAGAUUCAGCACCAACUGGACAUUUUCCCAGUGCCAUUCAGCGCUGGCUGGUGAUCUACAGGAGUCAGAACAGGGCUGAGAGGUUUCUGGAGAGACCUGAUGUGGUAGGAGCCUCUCAUGCUCAUGCAAGGAUCCAGGAGAACACAGCAGGUGUGGACUUGGAGGAGCGGGCUAAGAAGUGGCUUGGGAGGAGAUACCUGAAGAGGUGGCAGCACACAGUGGAACUGCACCGGUGCCAGCACGACAGGAAACUGCUGUGCCUGGCAAGGGGGUGGCACCAGUGGAGGGAAGGCAGCAGGGUGGUGAUACUGGCUCAGGUGCUGCACCAGCAGCGGCUGAUGGAGAAGGCCUGGAGGGUGUGGAGACAAAGAUACUUGCAAAGCUGUGUGGUGCAGAAUCUUCUGGAGCAGGAAGCCAGGAGCCUCCUGUCUCAGGCCUUUGGGAGGUGGUGGCAGCUCACAGCAUUCCAGUGUAAGGACAAAGGAUCCCGCUGAAUGCAGGGGCUGCCUGCAGCUGCUGCUCCAUUCAGGACACGUGGAGGAUCCAGCUCCUGUCACAACAAAGAGGUGGUCCUGUGCUGCCAAAAAAGAACUCUCUGCUCUUACAAUAAAAGCAGGGCUGCCACUCAGAAGGAUGACAGCCAAAGAACAACCAGGAAGAGAUUGUACCUAGUGAAAGGUCCUCUUUAAAGGACUUGUGUCUUAACUCCUUAGCAACACAAACAGAGAACAAUCCCUUUACCUCUUCACAGUUGUGAGGGUACAUUCUCUUCUUCUCUGGACCAUGCUUUUGCUGGA